CCCGCCCGCGACUUAUAAGCCCAAGCCCAAGCCCAAGCCCACGCUGACGAUGUCCCAAUCCGCAUCCACGUUCGCGAUGAACGUCUGCCAGCCCAACCCCGAAUCCAGAGACUAUCUCCCCAUCGCCGACCAUGGCUUAAUUGGCAACCUGCGCACCGCUGCCCUCGUCAGCAUCGAUGGUUCCAUCGAGAGCUACUGUGUCCCCAACUUCGACUCUCCCUCUGUCUUUGCCCGCAUCCUCGACAAGGACAAGGGUGGCCAUUUCUCCAUCACCCCAAUCAAGCCCUUCACCACCAAACAGAACUACUUGCCCAACUCAAACAUCCUCCAAACCAAGUUCCUCAACGAAGAAGGCGUAGCCACCGUCACCGACUACCUCCCCCGCCAGCCCAGCAGCGCCACCGCCCGCCCGCUCCUCGCAUGGCUCAUCCGCCGCGUCGAGGUCAUCCGCGGCACCAUGCCCCUCCGCGUCGAGUGCGCCCCCGCCUUCAACUACGCACGCUCCCCCCACACCACCGACAUCGACAUCGACACCUCCGUCGCCGCCGCCGAGCCCGCAGACUCCCCCACCGCCCCCCACCACACCGCCGUCUUCGACUCCAAGGAGGCCAACCUCAAGCUCGACCUCCGCUACGUCGCCGAGCACGUCCUCGACGACCUCCCCGACCCGGAGGUUCAGUUCCACUACCUCGACCUCGAGCACAAGGGGCACAAGGGCAAGGGCGUCUGGACCGAGAUCACGCUGAGGGAGGGCCAGGUCCUCACCUUCGUCCUCCGCACCCCGCCGGAGGUCCACUUGCCCGCUCAGGCCCGCCCGACGCACAAGACCGCGAGGGAACUGGGCGUGCCGUACGACAAGCUUGUCGCGGGCGCGUCGAGCCUCCGUCCCCGGGAUGACCCGAUCUUGACCAAAGAGCUUUUGCGCGAACUUCUCGAGCAAACGAACAGGUACUGGACGUCCUGGAUCGGCCGCUCCACCUACUCCGGCUCGUGGAAGGAAGCCGUCAACCGCAGCGCGCUCGCGCUCAAGCUCCUCAUCUACGAGCCCACUGGGGCGGUCAUCGCGAGCCCGACGUUCAGCCUCCCAGAGUAUAUCGGCGGCACGAGGAACUGGGACUACCGUGCCUCUUGGAUCCGCGACUCGUCCUUCAUCCUGUACGCACUCAUCCGACUUGGGUUCACCUAUGAAGCGAACGCGUACAUGGAGUUCAUCUUCGAGCGCGUGCGUACGCGGGAUCCGGACGGCUCGCUUAAGAUCAUGUACACUAUUCACGGUGAGAAAGAGUUCCCGGAAGAAGAGCUAUGGCACCUUGAUGGCUACAAGGGAUCGAAGCCCGUACGAAUUGGGAACGGCGCAAUAGAUCACGUACAGUUGGACAUUUACGGCGAGCUUAUGGAUUGUAUAUACCUCUCACAGAAGUUUGGACGCCCCUUGGGGUACGACACUUGGGUCGCCGUGCGCGAGAUCGUAGAAUUCGUCAUCGCACAUGUCGAUGAGCCGGACUUGUCCAUAUGGGAAGUCCGGAACCGCCAUAGACACUUCACGUAUUCGAAGGUCAUGAUGUGGGUCGCGAUCGACCGUGGCAUCCGACUCGCAGAGAAGCGCUCUCUCCCGUGCCUGCGUCGCACUGCCUGGUACGAGGCACGGGACCGGCUCUAUGAAGACAUCAUGCAGAAGGGGUACAACAAGGAGAAGCAGUUCUUUGCGCAGAGCUACGAGGACCUGGACAUCCUCGACUCGUCGCUGCUCAUCAUGCCGCUCGUGUUCUUCUCUACGCCCGCCGAUCCGCGCUUCUUGAAUACGCUCAAGGCUGUUUUGAUGUCUCCCGAGCGCGGUGGUUUGACGUCGAAUGGUCUCGUCUACCGCUACGAUGUAUCAAAGACGGACGACGGCGUCGGCGGAGAGGAGGGCACCUUCUGUCUCUGCACCCUCUGGUGCAUUGAGGCGCUCGCCCGCGCAGGGGAGUACGACAGAGCGAUGCUCAACAAGGCCGUCGCAAUGUUCGAGGACUUCCUGCAAUACGGCAACCAUCUUGGGUUGUGCACGGAGGAGAUCUCGGCCGCUGGGGACGCGUUGGGCAACGCCGUCCAAGGGUUCACGCAUGUCACGCUUAUCUCCGCUGCAUACAAUCUGUCGCGGAUGGGCGCGAAGACAAGGGGCUGAAAGCUCUGCCCGAAGGUAGGAAGCAGUGUAUCAGAAGUCAGGGGAUCCGCCUGUUGCGCCACUCCAUGUAUGUGUAUUGAGACCUAUCCGUGUACCACGUUCGGCUUCGAUUCCCCAAAUCGCAACUAUGAUUCCU